GUCAGGUACGUUAACUAAGGUCUGUCAAAUCUGUAUAUAUCGAGUAUCGCAGAUUGCAAAUGCUCGUUUAAACAAAUAAGGCACGUUAGCGAGCAUGCGAAUUUCGCGUGGUAUACCCAGAGCAUCGUUUUGCCGAUAACUUAUCUAAAAAAAAACCUGAAAAUGAAUGGAAAAUAUCGCUAAACCGUAUGGAGAAUUGUUAUCCACAAACUGAGUCACAUGACCGAGACAAGCAACUAGAAGAACAGGCCACCACCAGUCCAUCAGGCCAUCCUCCUAAGCACCUCUCAGAUUCCUCCCGAGAUGAAAGUGGGGGACCCCAUUGGUAGAUAGAACUAGAAGAGAGCCAGAGAAGGAGCAAUCUCUCCGCUUUCAUUUCUCCCUCCAAACAUCCUUACUCGUAUGAUAAGUGGCUCACGAUCCCUCCGAUCAUCGCUCGUACUUCCCGAAUUCAGAUUUGAUUCUUCUCGGCAUCAAACUUCUCCUACGAUGAACAGCUUCAGCUUCCUUGCAACUCCCACCACCGCUCACAACUUUACCAACCCAACUACCUCUCUUCCUCCAUGUCCACCCCCUCACCGACCCCACCUGCUCCCUCAUCAUACGAUCACAUUUGACUCCAGGCACACCCUUUCUCUCGUCAUUCACUGUUCCACGAAGCCCAACGCCGACAUCACCAAUGGAACCGAUAAAAAUCCGAGCUUUGAGUCCAGUCACGGCUCGAAGCCCCAGGAGAAGUCGACACAGUCAUCAGAUAAUUGCACCACUUCUUCCUCUUCUUCUGCUUCUUCUUCCACGGCAAUGCUUUGUUCGAGAGGCUUGGUGCUUGACUUGGGCCCCGCAAACUCGUGGGACAGUGCAGAAGUCGGGUCUCCAGUUGUGAAGAGGUUCUUGAGCGACGAGGAAGAGAGGUGGUACAUGUGGUACCAUGGAAGCUCAGAUCAGGAUCCUAGUUCUGAUGCAAUUGGAUUGGCAGUUUCCAGCAAUGGGAUUCAUUGGGAGCGCGGAGGAGGAGGAGGAGGAGGAGGAGCAGUAAAUUCAACCAACAUUGCGGGUUUGGUAUUGAAUUGCAGCAAAGAUUGGUGGGCUUUCGACACAAUGAGCAUCAGGCCUAGUGAGGUAGUGAUUAUGUCCAGUAACAUGGUCAGAUCCUCCGGUGCUGUUUACUGGCUUUACUACACUGGAUAUAGUUCUGAAAAUGUCAAGCAUUUCGAUGAUUCUUCGGUACUCGACGUGAAAAACCCCGAAAGAUUCUGCAGCAGAAAAGGGGAGAUCUUCAAGUCCUUGCCGGGGUUGGCCAUGAGUCAGGAUGGCAGGUAUUGGGCCAGACUUGAAGGGGAGCAUCACAGCGGAGCUCUGUUCGACGUCGGGUCGGAGAACGAGUGGGAUUCCCUCUUCAUAUCUUCGCCGCAGGUCGUGUUCCACGGGAACGGAGAUUUGAGAAUGUACUACCAUUCCUUCGACGCGGAGAAGGGCGAGUGCUGCAUCGGGAUCGCGAGAUCGAGGGACGGCAUCAAGUGGCUGAAGCUGGGGAAGAUAUUGGGAGGGAGGAAAGGGUGCUUCGACGAGCGCGGGGCUGCGAAUGCCCGCGUGGUGAAGAGCAAGAAAGACGGCCGGUACCUGAUGGUGUACGAAGGCGUGGGCCGGCACGGGGAGAGGAGCAUAGGAGCCGCGGUCUCCGCGGACGGGCUGAAGGAUUGGAGGAGGCUCGGAGAAGGAGCGAUCCUGGGAAGAUCAGAUGGAGGAUGGGAUGGUGAGGGGGUGGGGAGUCCGUGCCUGGUUCAGAUGGAUGGGGAGGCGGACGAGUGGAGGUUGUAUUACAGAGGCGUUGGCAGCGGAGGGAGGACUGGAAUCGGCUUGGCGGUUAAUGAUGGAAGUGGUCUGAGCGGUUUCAAAAGAUGGACAGGUUUUCAUAUCUGAAGGGAGCGGAUAUAUUUCUCUAGUUCUGUCAAGUCCAUUGCGGCUGCGAUGCAAACCUGGCUGUGGCUGGUGGGGUGCCUAAU